AUGGGACCGAUUGUUUUGACCCAGUUGGCCACUGGUCUUAGUGUGCUAGCCGGGGCGGCUCUGGUCAAAUCGGUUAUGGACCAAAAGCCCAUGGCUGGUCCGACCUGCCCAUCUUGCAACGGAACGGGUCGGGUCGCUUGUCUUUGUUCCCGUUGGUCCGAUGGAGAUGUGGGUUGCCGGACUUGUUCCGGUUCUGGUCGUAUGACGUGUAGUAACUGCGGAGGGACAGGUUCUGGUCGGCCUAUUCCAGUUCAAAUCUCUAUGCGGUCACGGAACCGUCCAUCUUGA